CUUCAAGAUCACAUUCAUCAAUUCUGAGUUCAACCAUGAGCGUGUUGUUGCUUCCUUGUCCCAGAACGGUGGUGAUGGAAUGGAAGGGAUCCAGAUGGUUUCCUUUCCAGAUGGAUUGGCACCUGGUGAAGACCGUAAUACUAGUCUCCAAAAGAAGAUUGAAGGCAUCAUGAGGGUCAUGCCUGGAUGUUUGGAGGAACUCAUAAAACAGAUAAACGCAUCAGGAGGUGACCGGGUUACAUGCGUCAUCACUGAUGGGGGUAUGGGGUGGGCUCUUGAAAUGGCGCAAAAGAUGGGCAUCCGAUCGGCUGCUUGUUGGCCUAUGUCUGCUGCGCUGCUUGCAUUAUCUCUGAGCAUUCCCAAGAUGAUCCAGGAUGGUAUCAUCAAUGCCGAUGGAAUGCCGGAAAGGAGAGAGCCCUGACAUGCCAUCUUUGAACACAAGCCAACUUCCAUGGAAUUGUGUCGGUGAUCUCGAUCCAGAAGGAGUCUUCUUCAAGCUCAUAGUUAGUAAUUGUCAAGCAAUAAAGCAUGCUGAAACAAUCAUUUGUAACACCUUCUAUGACCUUGAGUCACCAUCAUUCACCCUCUUUCCAAACUUGCUGCCUGUUGGACCAUUAAUCACAAGCCAACAGUUUGGAAAGGCAGUUGGGCAUUUCUGGCAAGUGGAUACAACCUGCAUGAGUUGGCUCGAUGAGCAACCUGCUAACUCUGUCAUCUAUGCAGCAUUUGGGAGCACAGCAGUCUUCAACCAGCACCAAUUCAAGGAGCUUGCACUUGGGCUUGAACUCUCUGGCCGUCCAUUUCUGUGGGUCGUAAGACCCGAUCUCGCAGAUGGGAUGGAUGAUGCCUGGUUAGAUGGGUUUCGAGAUCGAGUUAAAGGCCAGGGAAAGUUGGUAGGAUGGUCUUCUCAACAGCAGGUACUGGCUCACCCUUCCAUUGCUUGCUUCUUUUCUCAUUGUGGUUGGAAUUCAACAUUGGAAGGGGUGACUAAUGGAGUCCCUUUUCUCUGCUGGCCUUGCUUCACCGAUCAGUUCCUCGACCAAAGCUAUAUUUGUGAUGUUUGGAAGACUGGUUUGAGCAUAGAUCCUGAUGACAAAGGAUUUGUUCCAAGGGAACAGAUCAAAGAGAAGGUGGACCAAAUAUUUUUGAAUGAGGAAAUGAAGGCCAGGGCCUUAAUGUGGAAGGACAUUACUUAUAGGUGUACUAGGGAAGGAGGGUCUUCCUAUAAGAAUUUCAAGAGCUUUGUCGAUUCCAUGAAAGAAUAAAAAGCUCUUUUUCUCAAUAAUAAGGCACAUGGAUCUUUGGUGUUUGCUUCAUCCAACUCAAAAUUAAGGUCUGAUGAAUGUGCUAUGCAGCAUUUAGAGACAGCCAAAGAAAUGGUCAAUGUAUUUAUUGAUAGUUAAGUAUCAUUCUUCCUUCUGCACUGUGGUAGAUUUUGUUUGGGAUAGGGUCUUUGAGGGAAAUACUAUGAUCUAGUAAACUGCUUUGUGGAUUUGAUUU